UUCCUCGUCGCCACCUCCAGGGAUUAUAGCGGUUGAGCUCACCACCGUCGCAAACGCGGAUUCUUCCGUCCAUCGACAGCCAUGCCUCCUCGUCUCAGACCGCAAAGUACUCUUGCUUCGACAUUAUCUGUCAAAGUGAAAAGGGUUCCUCUACUGCGCAGAGCAUUUCAUGAUGCCAAGGCGGAAUUCGUCACCCUCAGCGCAACCGGGUCUAUUACAACACAGAAGAUCGAUGUAUUUAUGGGAGACCCUCACGGAACAUACGUCAUCUUUAGCAAAAAUAUUGGGUUUGCCAUUAAGUCCACAAUCGCUAGGCAAACUGGCGUUUGCCUAUCCUCAGAUCCCGAGAAGAUGGCGCUCACGUUCUACCACACCUCUCGGCACUUUGCACAUGCUGCCAUACCAUACCCACGCAUAAUCAUCGAACGAGAUUUCCCACGGCAGAAAGCGGGUGACACGAGUACUGCGACUCUCUAGCUCUAGGGAGCCUCACACUCCAUUACAUUAGAUAAAACGCCCGACCAUAAGUCUUACCCGUGCUAUUAUAGAGGGAAGUCGCUGAGUCCAGUAUAUAUGUAGAUGAAUUCGAGGAGUCCUCUAGGGAAAGUCACGAUAGGUUGAAGGGGGCGGCUGAGAUUUUGCGGGAUCGAUGAAGAGACAGCUUACGCGACUUGGUCAUGCGACGUACGGGUAUUUCUUCAUACGCCUAAAGGGCCCCAGGGAGCAUCCAGUUAUAUUGCACUCUAUAUCUGGCCACUCUUCAAUGCACAUGCAUCCGACUGUUACCAGCUCCGAGACUG